AUGUUUGGGGGAAGCAAUUGGAAUGGCUGGGGGGAGUAUAUUCAAGCAAAGACAAACAAAGUCCAGGAGCAGCUGCAGAGAUCCCUUGCCUCUGAACGAGCACGCGGAACCAGCAGCAGCAGCAACAGCAGCAGCAGCAGCAGCAGCAGCGGGGAAGCUGCUUGGUGGAACAAGUACUUAGAACGCCCUUCAUCUCUCUUUUCUUCUUUAACAUUUUAUAUCGACGGCCUCCAGCGCCUCGAAGGCCCUGAGUUAAUCUCCACGCAAUACUGUGGCGACUCACCAAGCUGCGCCGUACCCUCGGGGGCCAACCCCGUUGGGGGCCCCCAAGGGGGCCCCCCUGGGGGCCCUUCUGGGGGCCCCUCUGGUGUUCUUUCUUCAGGCAUUCUUUCUUCAGGGGGCCCCCCUUCAGGCAGCUCUUCUAGGGGCCCCCCUGGUGGUUAUUCUUCUGGGGGACCCCCUUCAGGCUGUUCUUCUGGGGGCCCCCCUUCAGGCUAUUCUUCUGGAGGCCCCCCUAAUACCUUUAUUUCAGGGGCGCCCGUAUUAGGAGAGGCAGUGAUUGAGUGUGUACAGCUGAAGAGGGUGUUGGUGGCGCACGGAGGCCAAAUAUCGCUGAGUAUGGGGAAAGGCGUGACGCACAUUUUAGUCGAUAACGUCGCACUGGGCAAUCAAAAAUGGAGAAAACUCAGAGACCGAGGUGGUACUGCACGGAGUUAUGUAGUCGUCCGGUGUUGUUGGGUCUUUUCUUCAAUUGACUCUGGCCGCCUGUUGUCUCCUUCUCUAUUCAAGCCAAAGGGGCUGCAGCUUAACAGCCAGAUGCUGCUGCGGCGCUGGGUACCUGCAGCAGCAGCACCACCAGGGGGGUCCCACCGCCUGCAGCAAGGGGCCCCCUCUUCGGCAGCAGGGGCCCCACUUCCUUUGAAACAGCGACAGACUUCUUUAAACAACACCUCCACGCAUGCACAGAACCGAGAAAGACAAAGUACACGUUCACCAGAACCUGCUGCUGCUGCCGCAGCGCCUGCUGCGGCUGUUUCUGCUGCUGCUGCAGCAGGCGCUGUUGUUGCAGGAUCGUCUGCGUCUUCUGAUUGUGCUACUGAAGAUGAUUGCGACACAGCAGAGCUUCGCUCUAGCAGCAAGCCGCCCCAGCAACAGCAGCAGCAACGGCGACAGCAACAGCAACAACAGUGGCAGCAGCAACAGCAACAGCAGCAGCAAGAAGAGCAACAUUUCCACUCAAACAAAAGACAGGCAGUCGGGUCCCCGUAUCCACGUAGUGGUGCUGCUCCCGUGACAGCAGCAGCGGCAGCAGCAGAACCUGCUGCUGCUGCAGCAGAGUAUAGUGGUGUAGUAGAUGCAACCGAGGCAGCAGCAGAAAGAGCAGCAACUACCGAAGUUUUAUCUACGCCCGAAUCUGCUGUUUGCAUUGUGGAGAGUCCUCCAGCAACACCUGAAGGCACAGUAGCAACAGCAGCAACAGCAGAAGCAACAGCAGCAGCAGCAGCAGCAAGUGCAUUGCCAGUCAAAGUCACGCCGGCAGCAGCAGCAUCCGCUACCUCUGAGCCAGCAGAGCAGACCGCACUGCUACGGGCAGGAACAGCAGGAGCAAGAACAGCAGCAGCAGCACCAAAAGCAGCAGCAGCAACAGCAGCAGCAGCACCAAAAGCAGCAGCAGCAACAGCAGCAGCAGCACCAGCAGCAGCAGCAACAGCAGCAGCAGCACCAGCAGCAGCAGCAGGAGGAAAGAGAAGGGCUGUUGUCGACUGCAGACAGCCCGACUUUGUCUCCUCUUUCUUUGAGCAUUCACGGCUCCACUUCAUUGGGGUGUGGCAGAACCGCUGUGCUGCUAUGCUCACUCGUCUCCUCAGCAGCAACAGCAGCAGCAGCAGCAGCAGUCGGCAGGUUGCGCUUCCGUGGAGGGAUGCAUCCGUUAAGAGCGAUUCGCUGCAGCCCUUUCUGCUGCCUCUCAACCUAACGCUGCCUCACGACAGUGAUGUUGCUGCUGCUGCUGCUGCUACUCAUUCCCCAUUGCUUCUGCGGUCUCCCAAUCCCGCAGCACCAACAACAGCAGCAGCAGCAGGAACGCCCCCUGGAGCAGCAACACUCUCUGCAACAGCAGCAGGGCGGUGGAUCAUACAUGUUGAUUUCGAUGCCUUCUUCGUCUCUGUGGCCCUCCUCAAGCAUCCCCACUUAAAAGACAAACCGACGUUCAUUCAAAUCUGCUUCCCGCUGCUACCCCACACGCAGGAGGCCCUUCCUGAGCAGCUCGCCUGCAGCAGUAGCAGCAGCAGCAUCAGCAGCAGCAUCAGCAGCAGUAGUAGCAGCAGCAUCAGCAGUAGCAGCAGUAGUAGCGGCAGCAGUAGCAGCUCGUCGCAGACGAUCGCCAGCCGCAGCACUAACUUAACCACCCCCGACAGUAGCAGUGCUAGCAGCAGCAGCAACACCAAUUGCAGCAGCAACAGCAGCAGGGAGGUGACUGAGGCUGCAAUUGUUGCAGAUGUGUGCGUGGCUUUGAGGAAAGCGAUAAUACAAAUAACAGGUUGCACGGCCUCUGUGGGCGCUGGCAGCAAUUGCCUCUUAGCAAAGCUGGCAACUGCAGCAGCAAAGCCAUCUGGUGCUGCUGCGGGUGCAGCAGCAGCUCCAAGGAAGCAGAAAGCAGUAGCAGCAGUAGCAGCAGCCGCAGCAGCCGCAGUAGUGCAGCGCGAGGGUGUAUGCGUGGUGAAGGGUGGAGCAGCAAAUGCAGCCGCCUUUGUGGGGCCCCUCCGUCUGCGCCGCAAGAGAGGGGCCCAGCUGUGGUGGCUUUGCCACGGGGUAGACGUGCGCCCGAUCCCAUCUCAUCUCACUGCCGCUCCUGCUGCUGCAGGAGCAGCAGGUGCGGCAGCAGCAGCAGCGGAAGCUGCUGCUGCCCCUGCUGGGGCUGGAAUACUGUUGUACAGACAGCCAGGAGCUCCCAUCAAGACCACCAAAUUUCUGGGCUGCGGAUUGUGUGAUUCGGCGAGGGGUUCACGUGUCGUUGGCAGCAGCAGAAGCAACAGCAGCAACAGCAACAGCAGCAACAAAAAUAGGAGUAUUGUAUUUGGGGUGCAAUCGGCAGAAGAUCUGUACGAGGAACUUCAAGCGCUGUGGAGAGAGAGUCUUAGCGGUAUAUGUCCACUAGAAGACUACCGCGGCAUCACGCUGGUGCUGCAGCAGUUGCGAACACAGCAGCAGGAAGAGGCGCUGCGGCGGCAGCAGGAGCAUCUGCAGCGCAGCAUCUUAGAUGUUGCCUUCAAGAACAGCAACAGCAGCAGCGGCAGCACCAGAGGGGCCAGCAGCAGCAGCAAAGGCACCAGCAGCAGCAGCAGCAGCAAAAGCUGCAGCAACACGCUGGAGCCCUGCUGCAUAGUCAUAGAUACAAUCCAAGAGUCGCAGGAUAGGUCACCGUCGCAACACCCACAGCAGCAACAGCCGGUGGAGCAGGAACAGCAGACGAAGCAACAGCAGCAGCAGCAGCGUAUGCAGCAGGAAAAAGCAGCGCCAACGGCCCCCAAAGCAUCUUCCCCACCCAUGGAUUGCUGCUUUAUUACUGCGAGCGACAGCAGCGACAGCAGCAGCAAGAAAGAGACAGACAAACCGCUAAGGGCAGCUUCAGGCCGAAGUAGGGCCAGCAGCACAGCUGCUGUUGUUGCUGCUGCUGCUGCUGCUGCUGUUGACAGUCUGCGCGGCUGCGACGGGCUGCCGGGAACCCCUCAGAAGCGCCUCCGAAGUCGAGACAGAAGCCAUUCGCUGCACGAGGACCAGCAGCAGCAGCAACAGCAGCAGCAGCAGCAACAGCAACAGCAGCAGCAUUGGGGGGCGCGUACACCUGAUAGUCAGGCCUCAACACCCCUUUUGAAAACCCCAAGGAUAGACAGAGGUAAACGCAUGCAGACAGCAGAUGCCAGCAACCGCAGCAUUAAGGGUUCGCAGAGCAGCAGGAAGAGGAGACGUUCAGCAGCCGGAGUACCUGCUGCUGCUGCUGCUGCUGCUGCUGCUGCUGAUCGUGGGAGGUCCCCAAUGUCGACUCAGCGGAGCCUGGAGGAGUUCCUGCCUGGAGGCGGCCGAUCCCCCCAAACCAUUCGAAAGGAUCAGAAGCAGCAGUGCAGCAGCAAUAUCGCAGCAAAGGACAUUUCGCGUGAUGCUGCUGCUGCCGGUGCUGCUUGUGCAGCGCCGAAUGUCAUAUCUUUGCUUACUCAAAAUCCAGACAGUAGCGACGGCAGCAGCAGCGAAACGCUACCUGAGGUUUAUUCCCAGCUGCAGCAACAGCAGCAACGGGGAGACUGCUGUUGUGGCUCUGCUGGCAGCAACAGCUGCUGUUGCGAUGCUGAGGCGUGUCUUAUGCAGUGCUUGUCGCAUCUCUUUUCGCUUCAUGGUGCUCCACGUCGCCCAGCCCUGUCAAUUCGUGUUGCUGCUGCAGCUCAGCCUGUGCUGCAGCUGCUCCUGCAGCAUGCUGCUGCAGCAGGCGCCAACGCAGCACGCCUCGGGGGCAAGACUUCCCACGUCGUUGCUGCGGUAUCAAGCCGCAUUGCUGCUGCUGCGGAUAACAGCUGUGCUUCCCCCCAUGCGCGCACUCGCCAAACACAUCAAACGCCUGCUACCGCUGCUGCUGCCCCAGCUGCUGCUGCUGCUGGGGCCCCUAGCAUCUCUCCUAUCAACGGAGGCCCUUCAGGGGGACCGUCUGUAGCCCUUGGCCUCUGUUCCGACACCGUCGAGCCUGCACUGGCAGCAACACCAGCAGCAGGUGCUGCUGCUGCGGCUGCUACUGACGAUGAUGCUUGUUCUGCACCUGGCCCAGCGCAAGGACCUCCUUCAAGAGGCGCCGACCCCGCAGGGCAAUCCGAUGGCCCCGAAGGGGACAAGCAGCUGCCAGCAGCGGUAGCACCAGAGGGAGCAACACCAGCAGAAGGAUCAGAACUACCAACAGCGGGAGCAGCAGCAAAAGCAGCAGGAGCAGCAGCCGAGGCAGCCUAUUGGGAGUGUAUCGCCGCUGUUCUAGAAGGAUUUGGAGGGGCCUUGCUGGCUGUUUUUGAAAACUUAGUGGGUGUCGGUGCUCACGAGGAGCGACAGCUGCUGCUGAGAGCCCUGCUGCGGUUGCUGCAAACUCCUGCGGCCCGCACUGCCACGGCAGCAGCAGCAGCAGGAACAGUUGCUGCUGCUACUGCAGCGGAGAUGAAGGGAGAAGCCCCCGGAGAAGAAGACUCUCCAGCUUGGCUGACGCUGCUGCUGCUGCAGCUGUUGGUGUGCUCAGCAGGUCGCCUUGUCUGGCCUCUGCUGCUGCAGCGCGCCAAUGAUGCUGCAUUGUGCUGUUAG